UCUAGAAAUAGAUUAUCAGUCAUUACUUUACUCUGUGUUUAGCCAAAGCUGGAGUUCUGGUAAGACGUUUAAGUAAAUCCGCCUUAUGUGAACAGAUAGGAGAAAGACUGUUGGAGAGAUAGAGGCGGGGUCUAGAGCUGAAUGCUGGUCUAUGAGAAAAGAGAGGGAUAAGGGAUCGAAAAGUACACCGGGGGUGUAUGAAAAUAUUAAGCUUUCAUCAGCUCCUAUGGUGCAAUCAAUGAAACUAGUGCUGGAGAUCUAGGGUACAUACACGUGUUCCUGGGCUGUGUUGUACUAUACCAUCUUAUCGCAACUCAUCACUCUAAAAGGGGCACUCAUCAGGGCCAUGGAAGCAGAUCGUGCCGGGGAACAGAUGAGACCUCUGCUCUCUACGGGCCAUGAUGAAGAGGCAGUAGUAGAUCUAGGAAAAACUAGUUCCACGGUCAACACCAACUUUGAGAAGGAAGAACUUGAAAGUCACAGAGCUGUUUACAUUGGUGUCCAUGUACCAUUUGGCAGAGAGAGCCGUAGACGCCAUAGGCAUCGUGGUCACAAGCAUCACAGGAGAAGAAAAGAAAAAGAAAGUGAUAAAGAAGAUGGACGAGAAUCUCCAAAUUAUGAUACACCAUCCCAGCGAGUGCAGUUUAUCCUUGGCACAGAGGAUGAUGAUGAAGAACAUAUUCCUCAUGACCUUUUCACAGAAAUGGAUGAGCUCUGUUUUCGGGAUGGGAACGAAUAUGAAUGGAAAGAAACAGCACGGUGGCUCAAAUUUGAAGAAGAUGUUGAAGAUGGUGGAGAUCGAUGGAGCAAACCUUAUGUGGCCACUCUUUCGUUACACAGCCUUUUUGAGUUAAGGAGUUGUAUACUUAACGGCACAGUAAUGCUAGACAUGAGAGCCAGCACAAUUGAAGAAAUAGCAGAUAUGGUGCUAGACAAUAUGACUGCUUCAGGUCAACUAGAUGAAACGAUGAGGGAUUGCGUCAGGGAGGCUCUCCUAAAAAGGCAUCAUCACCAGAACGAGAAAAAGUUCAGUAACCGGAUUCCACUUGUCCGAUCCUUCGCUGAUAUAGGCAAGAAACAUUCUGAUCCUCACUUACUUGAACGAAACGGGGAAGGCCUUUCUGCCUCCCGUAACUCUUUGCGAGCUGAAUCUCGCCUAUCUGUCCUCCUCAAUUACCUUCUUCCUCCUUCGAGGGCUGGGACCCCAUCAGGUUCUAGGCGUACAACUCCAGUUCCUUCUCCCCAAAACACACCACCUUCUAGCCCUAGCCUCAAACGCCUGAAAUCUACAAACUCCCAGCAGAGUGAACCUUUGGUCCAAAGGCUUCAAUCAUGUGCCGUUGAUGAUAUCCCUACUGUAAUUAUUCAUCCACCAGAGGAAGAUGCAGAAAAUUUGGAUUGGAAGAAAGAAGACAGUGCUAUAGAUGCAGGGCUUCUAGCUUCUCCGCAAUCAGCAUCAGGAAAUUUGGAGCUUGGCAGAGCAGCAGAACUGAAACGUAAUGGAACAGGAACAGGAGGAAGCCAUGAAAAUAGUACAGUUGACUUUAGUAGGGUGGAUAUGAACUUCAUGAGGAAAAUUCCAACUGGGGCUGAGGCAUCAAAUGUGCUAGUUGGAGAAGUUGAUUUUCUCGAUCGGCCCAUUAUUGCUUUUAUAAGAUUGUCCCCAGCUGUACUUAUCUCUGGACUGACGGAAGUUCCGAUCCCUACACGCUUUUUGUUUCUGUUAUUGGGUCCAAAUGGAAAAGCAGCUCAGUACCAUGAAAUUGGAAGAUCAAUCGCUACAUUAAUGACUGAUGAGAUUUUCCAUGAUGUCGCCUAUAAGGCAAAAGACCGAAAUGAUCUUCUUGCAGGAAUAGAUGAAUUUUUAGACCAAGUGACGGUCCUUCCUCCAGGAGAGUGGGAUCCAACAAUACGCAUUGAGCCACCCAAAAAUGUUCCCUCCCAGGAGAAGAGGAAGAUUCCAACCUUCCCAAAUGGCUCUACACCCAUAGGUGAGACGAUAAAAGAGGAGGCUCAUCAUACUGGUCCAGAGCUUCAGAGAACUGGAAGGCUUUUUGGUGGUUUGAUGUUUGACAUCAAAAGGAAAGCUCCUUUUUUCUUGAGUGACUUCAAGGAUGCAUUUAACCUGCAGUGCCUGGCCUCCGUUCUUUUCCUAUACUGUGCCUGUAUGUCUCCUGUAAUCACUUUUGGAGGUCUGCUGGGAGAAGCUACACAAGGCAGAAUAAGUGCAAUAGAGUCUCUUUUUGGAGCAUCGUUAACUGGGAUUGCGUAUUCUCUAUUUGCUGGGCAACCUCUCACUAUACUGGGUAGUACAGGACCUGUUCUCGUUUUUGAAAAAAUUCUUUUCAAGUUCUGCAGAGACUAUAACCUGUCCUAUCUGUCACUACGUACAAGUAUCGGUCUAUGGACGGCAUUUUUGUGUAUAGUAUUAGUAGCAACAGACGCAAGCAGCUUAGUAUGUUACAUCACACGCUUUACAGAAGAAGCCUUUGCUUCUCUCAUUUGUAUUAUUUUUAUUUAUGAAGCAUUGGAAAAGCUGUUCCAUUUGGGGCAUGACUAUGCCUUUAACAUGAACAAUAAUAUUGACGAUCUGACCCAAUACUACUGCAUUUGUUCUGAGCCACCUAACCCCAGCAAUACAACUAUAGAUAUGUGGAUGGAAGCAAAUAUUACAGCAAGUGAAGUACCAUGGAAUAAUCUGACGGUCACACAAUGUGAGCAUCUGCAUGGUUCAUUCGUAGGCCCAGCUUGUGGUUCUCAUGGUCCCUAUAUACCAGAUGUAUUUUUCUGGUCGUUUAUUUUAUUUUUUGCAACUUUUUUCCUUUCAUCUUUCCUCAAACAGUUCAAGACAAAAAAUUAUUUUCCAACUAAGGUGCGCUCUACAAUCAGUGAUUUUGCAGUUUUUCUCACAAUUGUGAUAAUGGUAUUAAUUGACUAUUUUGUGGGUGUUCCAUCUCCCAAGUUGCAUGUUCCUGAGAAAUUUGAGCCCACUCGCAAAGACAGAGGUUGGAUUAUAGAUCCUCUAGGAACAAAUCCCUGGUGGACACUAUUGGCUGCUGCAAUUCCAGCCUUGCUUUGUACCAUUCUUAUCUUUAUGGAUCAGCAAAUCACUGCUGUAAUUAUAAACCGUAAAGAGCAUAAGCUAAAGAAAGGAGGUGGCUAUCAUCUUGAUCUUUUCAUGGUCUCUGUCAUGCUGGGAGUGUGUUCCAUCAUGGGAUUACCCUGGUUUGUGGCUGCAACUGUUCUGUCCAUUAGCCAUGUAAAUAGCUUGAAAGUAGAAUCUGAAUGUGCAGCCCCAGGCGAACAGCCAAAGUUCCUGGGAAUCAGGGAACAACGAGUGACAGGGCUUUUGAUCUUUGUUCUCAUGGGACUUUCUGUUUUCAUGACCUCUGUUUUAAAGUUUAUUCCGAUGCCAGUUCUCUAUGGUGUGUUCCUCUACAUGGGCGCCUCUUCCUUAAAGGGCAUUCAGUUUUUUGAUAGAAUCAAACUGUUUGGAAUGCCAGCCAAACAUCAACCAGAUCUGAUCUACUUGCGCUACGUUCCCCUCUGGAAAGUCCAUGUGUUUACGGUUAUUCAGCUCACCUGCCUCGUUCUGCUAUGGGUUAUAAAAGCUUCUUCUGCUGCUGUUGUGUUCCCCAUGAUGGUCCUCGCACUGGUUUUCAUACGUAAGCUUUUAGACUUCAUUUUCAUGAAAAGAGAAUUGAGCUGGCUAGAUGAUCUGAUGCCUGAAAGUAAGAAAAAGAAAGAAGACGAUAAGAAGAAAAAAGAGAAAGAAGAAGCUGAACGGAUGCUUCGAUCAGAGGACAGUGAAAACCUGCGACUUGAAUAUGAAGGAAGUCUCCUCCAGAUUCCAGUAAAGGGUCUGAAAUACAGCCUUGAUCCUUCUGUUGUAAACAUAUCAGAUGAAAUGGCCAAAACAGCACAGUGGAAGGCUCUUUCAAUGAAUCCUGAAAAUGCCAAAGUAACCAGGACUAACACGAGGUUAAACAAGCAAAAGAAUGUUUCCCUACUGGAGAACUCCAUGGUCUAACAAAACCUAUCGUGUCCCUGACAAACCAGUAAGCGUGAAGAUUACCCUUGAUGACGUUAAUUCCAGAAAAUACGUGGAUGCUGAAACGUCGUUAUAGAAUUGCACCAUGAAGAAAUGUGUGCGUGUGUAUGAGUGAGUUAGUGAAUGUAUGUAUGUAUCGGAUUUUAGUGUCAGACCAUCAGUGUGAAAAACUUUCCCAAAAUACUGUACGUGCACCUCAUAAAUUAUUAGCACUGUAAAUACUGUAUAGGAACCGAACAGGCUUUCAUACUGUAGUAAUAAGGCACAAAAUGAUCACUCAACACAGUUAUUUAUUCAUUAGGACCUUUUUUAUAGAAUUUUUUAAAUGGAUUUUAUUGUAUAUUUAAAAUGCCUGUCCGAAAGCAAUAGUAUUGUAAUGUUUCUUUUCUUAAAAGGAGGACAUUAACAAGUCUUCACUUAUCCAUUCCCAUAUGCUCCAUAAAACAAAGUCUUUUUAUGUUCAUGACAUUUUUUUUUUAAUAUUUUGAUUUGUAUUUUACUCUAUAUUUGUUUGAUGUAUGUUCAAAAAAAAAAAUAUAUUAGAAAUCAAAAAUAAUUUUCUUAAAAGAAAAAAAAAAAAAAAGCUGUCUGGAUCAAUAAUAAAUAAUUAUUGAGUCACUACAACACUACAAAACAGCGAAAAUUGUAUUUAUUUCUUAACAAGAGUUUUUUUUUUUAAUUUAUUUUAUUUUUUGUUGCUGCUGGAACCUUUAGCAUUGUUCGCAGAAAAAAGAAUACAUGCUACAAGUUGCCUCUUCAUGUAAUUGCUAUAAGCUGUAUUUAACAUUUUUAAGUGAAAAAAAUAUUGAUCCUUCAACCCUGAAAUGUGGAAUUUUUUUUAAUUUUAUUAGGAUUAUUUAUACAUGAUUACUUAAUCAAUUGUUUAAAAAAAAGUACAAAAAAUAAUAAUAAAUAUAUAUAUAUAUCCUAACACAAUUAAUAUAGGUCAACAUUCUUUUCCCAAAUCACUUACAUCUAUUGUAGGAAUGUACAAUUACAACCCACAUGGAAUUUUAGAGAACUCAGCUGUUUUCUUGCAUUCACUAUUGCCAAAUUUGAAUAUGUUGCAGUAUAAAGUGUUAUACAAAUGAACGUGUUUGAAAUUCUCAGAAUAUUUUCUCAUAUUUUUUUCAUUAAAAAUGUACUGCUUUUCAAUAUUUUGGGUGUUGUAGAAAAUAUAUAUGUACUGUUGUAUUUUAAUUACUCUUCUUUUUUGAAUACCUUUUUCACUUCUAAAGUUAUAGGUUUCUUGCUGGAUGAAUUCUUGUUAUCUCUGUAAAUUUAAAAUACUGAAAGCAGAAUGAGCAUCGAUACCUUCAACAAUAACAUGUGAAAUACAACCUGAUGAGUUAAAAUAUUGCAUCAGUAUUAAAAAAAUAAACUGCUGAGAUUAAUACAUUAAACUGCUUCGCUAUUGUGCAUUAAAAACAGGACGCCAUUUUAGUAAAAACUGGAAAAGAAAGAAUUAGUGUAUAGAAGAAUUUACUGUAGAAUUUAUGUCUGAUGUUUUGCCACUGAUUCAUUGCUGAAAUUCUUGGGCACCUUCAGAUCCUUUGCAUUAUUCCAGCCAUCUAAAAAGCCUUGUUUUCUUAAAAAAAACACUUCAUAUUUAUGUUUACUUUGUGCCCUAAAGAUUCAGGUACCCUUUUUAGAGUGCAAUAGAAUGUGACAUAUGAUGCAUACUUAAAAAAGGGAGGAAAGUCAAAUACAUAUUUUAUUUUUUUAAUUCUGAAGUAAUAUUUCAUGUUUUCCAGCUGAGUGUUAAGUAGGUCCUGGAAAUCAUCAUUAGCUUGAUUGAGCUUAAAUUUAUGUUUAUACACGCUUCCUUUGGGCCUGUCAGACUGAAAAUUGUUUAAAAGUUUAUUAUUCUUUUGGCCAUAAAUAUAUUUUGAUCAUGCUUGAUACAAUAAGAUAUUAUGGAGAGCAUCUUCAUCAAAAUAUAGCACUGUCCUGUUUUUCAUAAUUUGUGAAUAAUUGAAAAAUGUUAUGAACAAACUUCAGUUUUAAACAAUGGUUAAAGGGACACUGAACCCAAAUUUUUCUAUCGUGAUUCAGAUAGAGCAUGCAAUUUUAAGCAACGUUCUAAUUUACUCCUAUUAUCAAAUUCUUUUCAUUCUCUUGGUAUCUUUAUUUGAAAUGCAAGAAUGUAAGUUUAGAUGCCAGACCAUUUUUGGUGGACACACUGUGUUGUUCUUGCUGAUUAGUGGGUAAAUUCACCUACCAAUAAAAAAAAAGUGCUUUCCCUGGUGCUGAACCAAAAAAAUAGCUUAGAUGCCUUCUUUUUCAAAUAAAGAAAGCAAGAGAACGAAGAAAAAUUGAUAAUAGGAGUAAAUGUUUAAAAUUGCAUGCUCUAUCUGAAUCACGAAAGAAAAAAAUUGGGUUCAGUGUCCCUUUAAGUUCAGAGUGUUCCAAUAUGUCUGUGACAAAUAUAUAAUUUUUUAAGUUUUGUAUUUUUGUGUAAAAUGUAAGUCUUCCACCUUUCCAUUCUGUCGAAAUAGAUUUCAAAGGUUACUUUUCAGUUCACCUAGAUUUUGUAGAAGAAUUUACCUUGUUUUAAGCAAACAUUUCAUUGGUCUUCUAAAACUGUUAUUGUUCAACUGGUAUAUGUACCCUUUACAUGCAUUAGUUAGAAAUUAAAGGGAUAGUAAACCUAAAUAUUUUCUUUUAGGAUUCAGAUAGAGCAUGCAAUUUUAAGCAACUAUCUAUUUUACUACUAUUAUCAAUUUCCUUCAAUCUCUUGCUAUCUUUAUUUGAAAAGACAGGAAAGAAAGCUUUGUAGCCGGCCUAUUUUUUGUUCAGUACCCUGGAUAGAGCUUGCUGAUUGGUGCCUGCAUUUAGCCAUCCAAUCAGCAAGCGCAACCCAGGUUCUAAACCUAAAAUGGACCGGCUUCAAAGCUUUUAUUCCAGCUUUUUCAAAUAAAGAUAACAAGAAAACAAAGAAAAAAUUGAUAAUAGACCUAAAUUAGAAAGCUGCUUAAAAUUGCAUGCUCUGUCCGAAUAUUAAAAGAAAAAAAAUUGUGUUUAGUAUCCCUUUAAAUCAGAUUUUUAAUGUUUAGUUUAUUAGAAAGAAAAAAAAUGCAAUAUAUUUACCCACUUUUUUAGAGCUAUAAGGUAUAAAUAAGCUUAGCACAGUGAAUAUUAAAUGUCAUGUGGUUUUACAAAUGCAUAUAUUAUUUUAUGGAUCCCAUUUUGUCCUAUUCAAAUGAUUGUGGCCUUUUGACUAUCUGACAGGGUUUCAAUGCAUUCUUUAUGCAACCUUUGCAAUGUACGUUUUUUAACAUAAAUUACAACCAUGAAAAUUUUGUUUUUAUUUCUUUUUUUAAAUAAUUUAAUUGACUAAUUAUUUCAUGCAACAAGUGAUGCAAUCCUGUUUGUAUUCACUGAACAAUAAUUUGUAUGUUUACAACUUCAGUAGUAUUUGGAUGUGGAAAAAAAUUGUUAAUAUUAUUUGUAAAACAUUUUUUAGUGUAUAUCAUUUACAUUGUGUCUUCAAUAAAUACAAUAAUUAGUUUUGGGACAUGAUGAAUACAUUUAAAUGUACAAAACUUGAAGAAGAAAAAAUGCCCCUUCCUUUUUCCAACUUAAAAAUAUAUUUGUAGUAAUUAUUACUUUUUUUCAUUUUCAAAUAAUUGUGUUGGUCUUCCAUUGUUCAAUGAGGUUACCUGACCAUAGUAAGAAUUCUAGUAUUUAUUACAGGUAACUUCAAUUGUAACUGCAGACAGCAUCCAUUUUUUAUGCCUGUUUUUUGUAAUUAAUGAAAAUAGUGACUUUUUUGUAACAAAUCCAAAGCAAGUUCUAAAAGAAUAAAAUAUUUUAUUAGAUUCUAUGAUACACAAAUAUGUGACUGCAUUGUUUCAGAUAUGGGAAAACCCUGCCUUUAUAAUUUGAUGGAAAACUAGAGUGAAAGGAGCAAACUAUAUUUUGUAAUGUUGGGGAAAAAAAUGAAUGAAAGCAAUAAAAGUCUACUGAAACUUA